AUGUGUGGAGACUGGUUAAGUGCUGCUGAAACAUGUUACUGUGACUAUUACUUUGACUACUGGGGAAAAGGCACAAUGGUGACCGUCACAUCAGGCACUCCAUCCGCACCGACUGUGUUUCCUCUGAUGCCCUGUGGUUCCGGGACAACGGAGACUGUCACUCUUGGUUGCUUGGCCACUGGCUUCACACCCUCAUCUCUGACAUUCACAUGGAAAAAAAAUGGGGCUUCCUUGCAGGAUUUCAUUCAAUACCCUCCAGUGCAGAAAGGCAACGCUUAUACAGGAGUCAGCCAAAUCCGUGUCAGCAGAGCGGACUGGAAUACAGGGAAGCGUUUCCAGUGUGCUGUGUCCCACACCACAGGAAACAUAGAAACUGAAGACAUUGUUAAGCCAAAAAUCACGGUUAUCUCACCAAAUAUCGCAUUGCACUCUAUCCGGGAAGAUCAAUUACGAGUCAAACUCAUCUGCACCCUAAGUGGCUUCUUUCCAGACAAGUUGACUGUGGAGUGGCAACAGGACGGCCAAAAGUUAAGUAAUGUCCCACUUCAGACAAAGUUGUGGAGCAUUCAGGGAGUGAAUAAAACCUUCAGGCUUGACAGUGAGAUUGAGCCAAACAACCAAAUAUGGGAAAGUGGCUCCUCAUUUGAAUGCAGGGCUUUCCACAACGGAAACGAAUUUAAGGAAACAAUUGAUAUUUGUAAAGUGCAUGCAAGUGUCCCUCCUUCCAUUGAUGUGAAGAUUCCCAGCUUCAGGACUGUAAUGACAGCAUCUGACGUGAAAGCAACAUGUUCUGUCCAAACUGUGUUUAAUGCUAAGGUGACCUGGCUGAUGGAUGGAAACGUUGCACCAGAUAACAAAGUCAAUAAGGCUGUGAACGCAACUCAUAUAAACAGUGAUGUGACGGUUCCCUCUAGUCAGUGGAAACAACUCGGAUUUAUAUCUUGUAAAGUUGACCACAAUUGCUUUUCAUCUGUUCAGAGGAGAGUAAAUGUUGGAGGACCUAAAGAUACAGCUCUAUCGGUAGAAAUCAAGCGAUCUCUCCCAGAUUUGUUGAAGGGAAAUAGUGCUGUGCUCGAGUGUGUCGUCACACCCCACUCCCAGAGUGACCUCUAUGUCACUUUUCAGGCCAACAAAGUUGACAUCUCUGAAAAGCUGUAUAUUGAUCUUCCUGAGGCACCAGAACUCUAUUCAAUUACCAGAAGCUUCACUGUGCCUCAAAACUACUGGAACAAAGACACAACAUUUACCUGCAAAGUCCAUCAAGGCUUCACCGACAGCUUCACAUCAAAUUCAACUGCCAAUAUAUUUGAGGAUCCUUCUGUGGAACUUUUUUCGGUUCCCAGUGGAGAAUCAGGACCACAAAGACUCUUGUGCUCUGGAAGGGGAUUCCACCCUCAAAUUAAAUGGUUUCCUGAGUCCCAGCAAACAUCCCCAAAAAAUGACUUCACCAUGGGAGCGAAUGGACACGUGGACGUAAACAGUCAACUUCAUGUCCCUCAAACAGAGUGGGAAACAGGCAAAGUCUUCACUUGUGAAGUGUCUGACACAUCUCUGAUGAAGAAAAUCAACAAAAGUGUCAGCCUCUGCUCAGUGCAUGCAAGUGUCCCUCCUUCCAUUGAUGUGAAGAUUCCCAGCUUCAGGACUGUAAUGACAGCAUCUGACGUGAAAGCAACAUGUUCUGUCCAAACUGUGUUUAAUGCUAAGGUGACCUGGCUGAUGGAUGGAAACGUUGCACCAGAUAACAAAGUCAAUAAGGCUGUGAACGCAACUCAUAUAAACAGUGAUUUGACGGUUCCCUCUAGUCAGUGGAAACGACUCGGAUUUAUAUCUUGUAAAGUUGACCACAAGUGCUUUUCAUCUGUUCAGAGGAGAGUAAAUGUUGGAGGACCUAAAGUUACAGCUCCAUCGGUAGAAAUCAAGCGAUCUCUCCCAGAUUUGUUGAAUGGAAAUAGUGCUGUGCUCGAGUGUGUCGUCACACCCCACUUCCCGAGUGACCUCUAUGUCACUUUUCAGGCCAACAAUGUUGACAUCUCUGCAAAGCUGUAUAGUGAUCUUUCUGAGGCACCAGAACUCCAUUCAAUUACCAGAAGCUUCACUGUGCCUCAAAGUUACUGGAAAAAAGACACAACAUUUACCUGCAAAGUCCAUCAAGGCUUCACCGCCAGCUUCACAUCAAAUUCAACUGCCAAUAUAUUUGAGGAUCCUUCUGUGGAACUUUUUUCGGUUCCCAGUGGAGAAUCAGGACCACAAAGACUCUUGUGCUCUGGAAGGGGAUUCCACCCUCAAAUUAAAUGGUUUCCUGAGUCCCAGCAAACAUCCCCAAAAAAUGACUUCACCAUGGGAGCGGAUGGACACGUGGACGUAAACAGUCAACUUCAUGUCCCUCAAACAGAGUGGGAAACAGGCAAAGUCUUCACUUGUGAAGUGUCUGACACAUCUCUGAUGAAGAAAAUCAACAAAAGUGUCAGCCUCUGCUCAGUGACUCCAGCAUCAUUUCAGAAGGUUGGCGUAUAUGUUCAGGGACCCCCACUUUAUGAGUUUCAGAACAAGGGGCAUGUGACAAUCACCUGUCUUCUAGUUGGCCGCCGGCUUGAUGAUUUCAUCAUCACUUGGAGAGUCGAUGGGGUCAUGAAACAUUCGUCGAAUUUCCAUAGCGAUCAACCAGUAACUCACAAUAACGGGACAGAGACUCUGCAGAGCUACCUCAGUGUUUCGGCAGAAGACUGGUAUGCUUAUAGACCGGUGUCCUGUGAGGGAACGCAUCGAUGCUCCAAAAACGGGUACAAGGAACAAAUAAGCAAAAGCAGAGACCUGUACCAACCGACAGUGAAGAUAAUACAGCCAAGUGCCACUGAGCUCGCCCUGUCAGACUUUGUCACACUUGUUUGCCUAGUUUCUGGAUAUUAUCCAUCCAAUAUCAUGGUGUAUUGGGAGGAAAGUGGCCAGAGACUUCCAUCAAAUCGCUUCACCAACAGUGAUGCAUGGACUUACACAGGGAGCAGCACUUAUUCAAUGAGCAGCAGACUAAACAUAUCCAAAAAUGAAGACAAGGGGUCUGCAUAUUGUUGUUCAGUCAGACAUGAGUCAUCGGAAAUACUUUUUCAAAGCACCAUAAAUAAUGUGUUUGCCACAGUGACCCACAGUGAACCUUCUGGCACCUUGCUCCAGGGUAAAAAAGAACUUGUGUGCCUAGCGUUUGGCUUCAGUCCUGCAUCUAUAAACAUCAGCUGGUUUCUUGAUGAUUCCAUUGAACUGUUGGACUUCAAUACUAGUGAGCCCCAAACGAGCCAGCAUGGAAAGUUCAGUAUCCAAAGCCACCUUCGUCUGUCCAAAGUCAACUGGUUACCUGGAGCAACCAUUACCUGCAGGGUGACGCAUGCAAACACCAUGCUAUCCCUGAACAUAUCUAAACCAGACACAUUGGAGCACUGUCAUUUCUUAGAUGACAUCUUGUAUGCGGACUUGUAUCAGGACAUAGGUGCGGAAAGCUAUAUCACUUUAGUUUUCCUGCUGUUUUUCCUCAUCGCUGUCAUCUAUGGCAUCUCGGUGACCAUAUUUAUGACCAGAUGAUGAUCACAGGAAAGAUCUUCUCUCAUCUUACGAUCCAAAUGACAUGGAGAGGUCACAUUUAUUUCUUUUUCAAGUUUUUUUUUUGUUCAUGUUUUUUCUAUUUCUCUUACUGGGGACUACAUUCAUUUCUUUUGAUUUCUUUUUCAUAUGUUGUCUUUCAAAUACCAAUAUAAUAAACACAUAUUCAGUGACUGGACUAGUUGGAUCUCUUUUAUAAUGUGUCUUACAAUGUGUCUCGUUGAUUACAAUAAAACAAAUGACGUCUCAUGUCACCAAUUCCCCUGCAUUACUAAUAUUUUCCACAAGGGUGAGACAAAGGUCCACAUACGGCAGGGGUGCUUUGUUGCCUCGACCGUGUGUGAAACACUGGUGAUGAAGUAGUUUGAUGAUGUUGACAUGCUGAACUUUCGAAAAGGGCAUAAUUCACAGGUACAUUCAUAAAAGCUCACAGAGACCAUAUUGUGUCCCUUCUGCUUUGCACACAUGCAGUACACACACGGUCAUUGUACAUGUGCACACUCUGUCUUUGAUUUUGAGUUGCAUGUUUGGGUCUGCAUUUGUGUACCUUGUGGCUUUUAAGGAAUUCACAUCUGGGAGGGAUGUCACUAAGCACAUAUAGGCUCACUAUUGGCUACGUCCGGAGUGAUCUGGCACUUUGUAUGCACCGAUUGGCCAGGGACCCAAUGGUAGCCAGCCCAAUUCUGUGACGCUGUUGCUGGGAUGGAGUCACAGCAUGAUGUUGCCAGUCUCAUUGCUGAG